UGUUCAUAUUGGCACUCAUCCACCAUCCACUGAUGCCAUGGGCAGUGGCCAUGAGCGACGGAUUUGGGAAGCCCUGGCCAUGGGCGAAGAGUCUUUGGUCAGGGCGGCAAACCAAGUCCGAUGCUUCGACUGGCAGUCGACGGAUCCCCACUUUGGCUCCGUGGUGCAUGCCAUCCUCUUUGGGCGGAUUGAUGAUGGUCAAGAAUCGGCCGAGGAGGACAUUUACCACUAUUCGGACAUUGUGCUCGCGACAGAAGCUGGCACCAAGCAGCGCUUGAAUUUGCUGAAGUUAGCCCUGGAGUAUGGUGCUUCUCCAGACAUUUGUGCUCCAGCGUCCUGCAUCCGGUGCCUGAGCUGGCGUUGGUUUGAGAAGGAUGAGUGGACCGAGGAUGUGAUCCCUGCAAACAAGACGGGUGUGGAGACAUUGUUGGCAGUGAAGCGGGCACUGCUGCACCUGGGCCGCGCCAGAUCACGGCAGAUCAUUGCUUGGUUCGUUGUCCAUGCGGGGGCUGGAGCUCUGAAGUAGGGCCACAAGCUGAGCUGAAUGUCAUGGCGAUAUGGUCUUAACAUGCCUUAACAACUCACAGAAUCCCUACGCAGAUCACUAUAGAAACACGAAAAGCACCAAUUUUAUAGUGUAGCUCUUUCUGAACUGUCGUUGGAGACCGCUGGCAAUUUCAACACACCGACCGAGCGGCUGAGAAACGAGUGCAUUGCACCAUGCCGCCAGUGCAGGAAAUCGGAAAGCACCACACCCAAAGCAGCAGUGCACAAGAAAAUCCAGG